AUGCCAACCAAUAGGCUGUCAUCUGAAUGGAAUAAAAAGAGAAAGGUCAGCACCCAGCUCGGUGCUCUUUGGUUUGCUGCUGUCCAGGUUCCGCAGACAGCGGAGACCACGGGUUUUGGAGACCUGAAAAGUCCUGCUGGCCUCCAGGUGCUCAACAAUUUCCUGGCGGACGAGAGCUACAGAGAGGGACACACGUCCUCACAAGCAGAUGUGGCAGCAUUGGAAGCAGUCUCCUGCCCACCACCUGCCAACGUGUGUCACGCCCUACAUUGGUACAAUCACAUCAAGUCGUACAAAAAGGAAAAGGCCAGCCUGCCAGGAGUGAAGAAAGCUUUAGGGAGGUAUGGUCCCACCAGUGUGGAAGACACCACCAGAAGUGGAGCUGCAGAGAAUAAAGAUGAUGCUGAUGAUGAUAUAUUGAUCUCUUUGGGUCUGCUGAUGAGGAGGAAAGCUAAUAAGCAGAAAAGGCUAAGGGAAGAACAACUUGCACAGAUUCAUCUAAGAAAGCCAAAAACCUGCACUUGUUGUGUUACCAACUCUUCCAUCUUGCUAGUUGUGAAACCUUGGGAUGACGAGACAGAUACUGUAAAAUUAGAGGAGGUCGAACGCGGCAUUCAAGCAGAUGGCUUGGUCUGGGGCCCCUCUAAACUAGUUCCAGUGGGAUACGGAAUUUAAAAACUGCAAAUACAGUGUGCAGUUGAAGAUGAUAAACUUGGAACGGAUGUGCUGGAGGAGCAGAUCACUGCCUUUGAGGACUAUGUGCAGUCCGUGGACGUGGCUGCUUUUAACAAGAUCUAA